AUGUCGCCGUCUUUUGCUGAGCUCUCCGUAGAGCCACCGAGCGCCCGCAUCGACAUGCAACACGCCGUAUCGUCCGCCACGACCUCGAGCAGCAGCUCUCGCUACUCCGGCACACAGCGACAGCCGCAGCGGCACAAGAAGGACGUCUUCCGCUCGUGCUCAGCGGUUCCCGAGUACUUUACGCGCGUGUUGGACGGCCGGCAGAUGGACUUUGACGCGGCGUUUUACCAGAUCGUGACGCUCUGCGUGCAGCCGGCAAAGGUCUACAAGAGCGCGUACUACCGCAAGCAGACAAAGAACCGCUGGGCACGAGACGAUCCAGCGUUUGCUGUUAUUCAGUGUGGCUUUCUGCUCGUGGCGACCGUCGCGUGGGCCAUUGCGUUUCGCGUGGACAGUGUCGCGCGGUACGCGCUGCUGCUACUUCAUGCAGUGCUGAUCGAGUGGCUUGGCCUGGGGCUGUUGAUUGCUACGCUGGGCUGGUGGCUGGCCAAUUCCAAUCUACGUCAGAAGCACAACCAUGGCAUGAGCGACGCUUUGUUUGUCGAGCAGCGCGUCGAGUGGCAGUUUGCCUUUGACAUUCACUGCAACUCGUUCUUCAUUCUGUUCCUCUUUCUCUACGUGCUGCAGUUUUUGCUCGUGCCAUUGCUCAUGUCCGACUCGUUUGUGGUGUUGCUGGUUGGGAACCUGUUGUACUCGCUCGGCUGGGGGUUCUACACGUACAUCACGUUUCUGGGCUACAUGGCCCUGCCGUUUCUCCACAGGACAGAGCAACUGCUGCUACCGCUGGUCGUUAUCACUGUCCUCUUUGUAUCCACAUUGGUGUUGCACGCGGUCUUCGGUGCUCGGAUCAACUUUGUGCAUAUAGCCACGCACUAUUAUUAUGCUUCCUAG